UAAGGUUGGUCGUCCACCUUUAAAUAACACAGUAUAAAUACGCUUCUACUAAUUUUUCGAAGAUGAAGUUUGUUUUUGUGUGGUCUCUGUUUAAUAUCAUAAACAAUUGCUGGGGUGUAAAGCUAUUAGAAGCAAACCCCGAUGUGAAGCGGCUCUACGAUGAUCUUCUCAGCAAUUAUAAUAGGCUUAUUCGUCCAGUCAUGAAUGUUAGUGACAUAUUAACUGUACGACUUGGUCUAAAGUUAUCUCAACUUAUGGAGGUCAACUUAAAGAAUCAAGUCAUGACGACCAAUCUAUGGGUUGAACAGAAAUGGCAGGAUUACAAGUUGACCUGGGAUCCGGAGGACUACGGCGGUGUUGAGAUGCUGUACGUACCCUCGGAACACAUUUGGUUGCCAGACAUAGUGCUCUAUAAUAAUUGGGAUGGAAAUUAUGAGGUUACACUUAUGACAAAGGCAACGUUAAAAUACACUGGAGAAGUUAAUUGGAAGCCUCCAGCCAUUUACAAGUCGUCCUGUGAGAUUAACGUGGAGUAUUUCCCCUUCGAUGAGCAGACAUGCUUCAUGAAGUUUGGUUCUUGGACUUACAAUGGGGCUCAGGUGGACCUCAAACACAUGGAUCAAUCUCCAGGCAGUAGUUUGGUGCACGUUGGUAUAGAUUUGAGUGAGUUUUAUCUGUCUGUGGAGUGGGAUAUACUGGAAGUUCCGGCAACGAGAAAUGAAGAGUAUUACCCAUGUUGUCCUGAACCCUUUUCUGAUAUAACGUUUAAACUGACAAUGCGCAGAAAGACACUCUUCUACACCGUGAACCUGAUCAUUCCGUGUGUGGGCCUCACAUUCCUUACCGUGCUUGUGUUUUAUCUCCCUUCAGACUCGGGAGAAAAGAUAUCGUUAAGCAUCUCAAUAUUGGUAUCAUUGACGGUGUUCUUCCUGCUGAUGGCGGAGAUCAUACCGCCGACGUCCCUUGCGAUACCACUGUUAGGGAAAUAUUUGCUGUUCACCAUGGUACUGGUAUCGCUUAGCGUAUGGAUGACAGUACUGGUGCUUAAUGUGCAUUUCAGGUCCCCCUCUACGCACACGAUGUCUCCGUGGAUGAAGAAAGUCUUCCUCCAGUUCAUGCCUAAACUAUUGAUGAUGAGGCGAACAAAGUACUCGUUGCCAGACUAUGAUGAUACCUUCGUGUCUAACGGAUACACAAAUGAGCUGGAUAUGAGUUAUGAUUCCAGCAGGGACAGCCUGACGGAUGCUUUUUCGACUGGAAAAGGCGAUGAUGGAGAUUACAGGAAGUCGCCGGGACCUGAAGACGAUAUGCUUGGGGCAGGCGCCCAUCAACGACCAUCAGUGACGGAAUCUGAGAACAUGUUACCGCGCCACUUGUCGCCUGAAGUAGCGGCCGCCUUGCAGAGUGUGCGAUUUAUCGCACAACAUAUCAAGGAUGCGGACAAGGACAACGAGGUUGUUGAAGAUUGGAAAUUCAUGUCCAUGGUACUGGACAGGUUCUUCCUCUGGCUGUUCACCAUUGCCUGCUUUGUUGGGACCUUUGGAAUCAUCUUCCAAUCACCUUCACUCUACGACACUCGUGUUCCAGUUGAUCAAGAACUGUCUUCUAUACCGAUGAGGAAGAAUAACUUCUAUUAUCCUAAGGAUGUUGAGACAAUUGGUAUUGUGUAGACCAAGCAUAUAGCCAUGUUCUAAUAAGAUAUACAAAUAAAAAUAGCGUAAAGUAUCACUAUUAAUAGAAUUUUAACUGGGCAAGAAGAU